AUGGAUAUCGAGAUUCGUGAACCAUUUAGCACGGGGGUACGGGUUUUGUAUACACCCGGAAACUGCGCUGGAUCGGAUGCGUUCAUCAGUUACGCUCAACUAUUCGGCACAACCACGACGGCCGGCUUGCUCAAAGAUGAUGUGAUUCGCUUCAAAAUUGCAGCCACCCUGUACGGUAAUGGUACCUCCAAGGAGCCAGAGGCGAAAAUCGUCCGUCUGUCCAAAACAGAGCCUCCCGCCAGGCUCUGCUAUCAAGACUUCCGUCGCCGUCAGAUGGAGAUGUAUCGGGCGGGACCACAACCGUACACCGACUUCCUGCUGCGUUCCAGCGACGGCCGAGAAUUUCGCGUUCAUCGUUUCCUGCUGGCAGCGCAUUCGCCGGUCUUUUUGGCCAUGCUGACGCAUGAUUCGCAGGAAAAACAGCAGUCCCAUUGCGAUGUCGCGGAUUUGGAUGGAGAGUGUGUGGAGAUCUUGGUAGAUUAUUUGUACGGAUGCGAGGCGGAUAAACUGAACGCGGUUAAUGCGGAAAAGGUAAAGUUCAUGGCUGACAAAUAUCAGAUUCUAGAUCUACGUGCCGUCUGCGAGAGAAUGAUAGCGGAAAGUGUUACUGUGGACAGCGCUGUCGUCCGCUUCCUCAUGGCCAGACAGCGUGGAUUGGAUGUCUUAAAGGACGCUGCACUGCGAAUUAUGGCGCAGAAUAAGCCAGCUGUCCUUAAGGAUAAAGUGCUGAAAGCUGCCAUCCAAUCGGAUCCGGAUUUGCUGGAAAUCGUUAUGGAAUAUUGUGCCAAAUGA